AUGGCUGUUCGUGAAAUUUUAAUGAGGAAAUAUGGUCGUUUAUCUAUACCCGAAUCGUAUUUUUUGAGUUUUAUAUCAACAGCAUCCAUGGAUUUGAAUAACAGUGAUGCAUGGUCUACUGUUCAGUUUGCUAAAGAUUUCAAUAAUGAAAGGUUAUCUGUUGUUGGGACUGAAAGUGGUGAAAUCAUUUUAAUGAAUUUCGAUAAUUUCUCAGUCAGCUUCAGUGGUGGCACAUGGUACGAUCUGAUAGGAUGUCAAAGAGGAUUAUGGGAAUUUUUACCGUCUCGCAAUCCCGAUUGCUAUGGCUGUGUAUUAGACGUGGGCUUCGUUCCGCAGAAUAUUAAUAAUUUGGUUUCAAUUUCGGGCCAUUCAGCUAUUAAUCUGUGGGAUGUCAGUCUUCAACGCGUUGUGAGAGAAUAUCGCGGUCAUCAAGGCUCAGUACGCGCCCUAGCUCUGUGUGACUUUUGUCCUCAUGUUUUUUCAACAGCUUCGCGUGAAGGCAAAAUAUAUCUAUGGGAUAAUCGUGAAAGGAAUCCAUCAUCCUUUGGUGCCAGUCUUUAUAAUGUGAUUGAUACUCAUUUUCAUAAGUCAGGCAGGUCAUCAGAAAAUCUGGAUAUGUCCACGAAGAAGGGUGUCACGUCGCUUGUUUAUAUCGAUGAAUUUAUUUUGGCGUCGUCUACUAACUCUUUUAAUGCUGGGAUUCGACUUUGGGAUAUUCGAUAUUUUGGUCGAAAAUAUCCUUUGCGUGUGCUUGAGAAGCCUGAUGGUGAACACAAACGUGAUUAUGGUAUAAUAUCACUUUGUGUCGAUCGUUACAGUCAUGUUCUUUUUGCUGCAUCGACGGAUUCACUAAUUUACGAAUAUAUAAUUUCAUCAUCGAAGAAUAAACCAGUCGAUUUUUUACGCGGUGGUAAAAGAUCUCACAACAGCGUAUUUGCAUCACGUUUAAAUAUAUCUGCUUCUUCAAAUUACCUUAUUUUUGGCAAUGAAAAGCAUGAAGCUCAUAUUUGGGAUUUGCAAGUGAUGAUGGGUGCAAUUAGUUGUCAAGAUAAUUUUGUUGCUACUAUCGCAAGCGAUGGUCUUCGAUACUGGCAUCAACCAGCAGUGCCUUUUGAUGAUAGCAUCGAACAUAAUAAUAUGAUAUCUGGUUUUUCCAAAGCAAUUGCCUUCGAUGAAACUACUGCCAGAAUGUCUUUAAAUGAAAAAAUAUUAAAUGAACAAUUAGCAUCACUCGAUGAUAUUUUCAUAAGCGAUUCGGAAGGAAAUUUGUCGAGAUCUUUCGCGAGCGACUCUGCUAAAUUUUGCAAUGAUUGCAGUGAUUCUGAUGCUCAGAAUAAAUCAUAUGGUAAUAGUAAUAGUAAUACUUCGGGCAAAAAUUUUUCGAGCGUUUCUUUGCCUUUGUCACCACUCAAAAGUUUCGGCAAUCUACCAUUAACGGUAAAAGCAUUAAAGCGUAAACAUUUCCAUGAAACAAUGAAGAGAUAUUGUGCUUUCAAUUCUAACUCCCCGACUGGUAAUCUUCCUGAUUUUGUAAAAGAAAUCGAUCAGUUAAAAGCUAUCAUGAAAAACUGCACAACGCUGGCAAAAAGGAGGCGAUUUGCAGAAAUAGAAACGUUGCCUAAUUUUUCAAACAAUGAAAGACAAAAGUCCCAAGAUUAUCGAUUGGUGCUGGAGAGCAAUCCUCCGACAGAUAUGGAUUCUAAAGAUAUGGAUUUUAUUUCGCGUAUCGAGUUAGGUUUCUGUCAUCCAGUGACUUUCAGAUAUUACCAAGAUUUAUGUAGAACGGGUGAUUUAUCGGAAAAAGCUUCUCAGGCAAAAACUUUGAAGGAUUUUUUCUGUAAGGCAGCUUAA